ACAAUAUUUUUCAAUAUAUUGCGAUGGAAAAUGCACGUGCUUCCGAUUUUGCAGAAGAAUUAGCACUGCUCAGAACAGAAUUGACAAGAAAAGAUGAAGAAAUUAGUAGAUUAAAGACACUGAUAUCCAGUAAACUUGGAGAACCAGUGUCUGAUAUCUCAGAAGUAUUACUAGACCAGGCAGGUGGAGAUUUUGUUGGUUCCGUUGUACACUAUGUUCUUAACAAUGAAGACAUCGGCCGAUAUAGCAGACAACUCAUUCUGCCAGAGAUUGGGGUCAGAGGUCAAUUGAAGUUGAAAUCAAGCAGUGUUCUUAUUGUUGGAGCAGGAGGACUGGGAUGUCCUGCUGCCAUUUACCUCACAGCUGCUGGAAUUGGGAAACUUGGGUUAGUGGACUUCGAUGAAGUUGAAAUAAACAAUCUGCACAGACAGGUGCUGCACACUGAAGACCGACUGGGGGUCUCCAAGGUGAUAUCAGCAGCCCAGUCUUGUAAGAGGUUAAACUCAUCUGUGGUGUUUGUACCAUACAGACUACAACUCAACAGUCAGAACGCUCUCCAGAUCAUCAAACAUUAUGAUGUUGUGCUGGAUGCAACAGAUAAUGUGGCCACGAGAUACCUGCUCAAUGAUGCCUGUGUCCUCACAAAGAAACCUCUCGUAUCCGGCAGUGCUUUACGGUUUGAAGGGCAGCUAACAGUUUACAAUUACCAAGGCGGACCGUGCUACCGGUGUCUGUAUCCGAAACCACCUCCGCCAGAAACAGUAACAAACUGUUCUGAUGGCGGGGUCCUGGGUGUUGUUCCAGGAAUCAUUGGUUGUCUUGAAGCACUGGAAGCCAUCAAGAUUGUUGCCAACAUUGGCACUACUUACUUUCAACGCCUGUUGUUAUUCGAUGCUUUAGACUUGUCGUUCCGGACAAUAAAACUACGUCCUCAUCAGCCUACUUGUCUUGUUUGUGGAGACAAGCCAACCAUUACUGAGCUUAUCGACUACGAACAGUUUUGUGGGGCCAGAGCAACCGAUAAAGAUCGAUCCAAGAACAUCUUAACCAGUGAUGAAAGAAUAUCUGUAAAGCGUUACAAAGAAAUGUUGGAGAGGAACAUUCCCCAUCUGUUGAUUGAUGUUCGGACACCAGUAGAAAUGGAAAUUUGUCAGUUACCUCACACAGCUAUUAACAUUCCAAUGGAUUCCGUAGGUAAAGAAGAAAGUGUCAACAGAAUAAAGGAGGAAAUAAAAUCUCAGAUGACAGAAGAUUCACUUCCUGUUAUCCUAGUGUGUCGCCGUGGCAAUGAUUCUCAGACUGCAGUGAGAACUCUUCAGGAGAAACUAAAAGAUAGUAAUAUUACAGUCAAAGACAUUCAGGGUGGACUGACUGCUUGGGCAAAGCAAGUGGACAACAACUUUCCUGUUUACUGAUCCAUUACAUUGGAAGUGCAUAACACCAGGAUUGGCACAUUGCAGUUCAGACCCAGAUCAGCAUGCCAAACCCCAUCUGGUUUUGAACUGAAUAAUAAUCCAGAUUUAAACUGGAAUUUGCUACCAAAAACAAAAAUGAAGUUGCAUUUACCAAAUAUUGGACCCCUUUUCCGUGAUUUAUAUGGCUAAAUAGUAUUGUUUUGAACAGAGUAAUAAUCAGAAUUUCAGUUGCCAUUUGCCAAAUACAAACUGAAAAUUAAUUUGCUAAAUAUAUUUGUAAAAAAUAUUAAUUUCAAAA